AUGGUGCAGUCGCAAACCCUUGGCUGGCUUUCCGCCACUCUCCUUGCACUUCUUUCACAAUCCAAUGCACAAGAGAGCAAGACUUUUGACCCUCUUCAAUACGUCGACCAGCUUAUCGGCGCGAGCAAUGGAGGCAAUGUCUUUCCUGGCGCGACUUUGCCGUACGGCAUGGCCAAAGCCGUUGCCGACACCAACAGCGGCAGCAACCAAGGCGGCUUCACGCUCGAUGGUGCCCCCGUCUCUGGAUUCAGUGUUCUUCACGACUCAGGGACGGGUGGUUCUCCAUCAUUGGGGAACUUCCCGCUGUUCCCGUAUAACAAAUGCAAUGGUGGCGACGUGAACAACUGCGCCUUUCCUAAGAAGACGCGCGUAAGCUUUGGCAAGUUUGCCAACGAAAGUGUUCAAGCGAAACCAGGAUAUUUCGGCAUCACUCUUCAAAGUGGACCUCAAGUUGAAAUGACGACAACUCAACACACAGCUUUGUUCCGCUUCACCUUCAAAGGAGCUGCUGCUGGCGACAAGCCGCUCAUUCUUCAGGACCUCAGCGAUCUCUCCGACUCGCGACAAGACAACGGCACCAUAAAAGUUGACCCCAAGACUGGUCGCAUUACUGGCAAUGCAAUUUUUGUUGCUAGUUUUGGUCAGGGCAAAUACCAGCCGUUCUUCUGUACCGACUUCCACGGCGCAGAUAUUGCUGACAGUGGCAUCUACGCUGAUAGUCGCGCUACCACUGAUGUUCAUGAGCUCAAGAUUUCCCGUUCAAUCAACGGAUACCCCCUGCCCGGUGGUGCUUUUGUGCGUUUCGCUAAUGGAGACAAGCCGGUGUAUGCCCGCGUUGGACUCAGUUUCAUUAGCAGCGAGCAGGCUUGUGCCAAUGCUGAGAGUGAAAUACCAAAGUUUGACUUCAACAAGCAUGUCAAGGAUGCACAGAAUAUCUGGCGAAAAAAGCUAUCACCUAUUACUGUUAAUGCAAAAGGUGUUGAUGAGAGCUUCGUGAGGAACUUCUACUCUGGCAUUUACCGGACCAUGGUGAAUCCGCAGAACUACACGGGAGAAAAUCCAUUCUGGAAUGAUGGAGAGCCAUAUUUCGAUUCGUUCUACUGCAUCUGGGACUUGUUCCGUUCGCAGUUUCCGUUCCUCACGAUUCUCGAUCCGGAGGCCGUGGCUCAAAUGGUGCGUUCGCUCAUUUCAACGUAUGAGCAUGAUGGCUGGCUGCCAGAUUGCCGUAUGACUUUCAGCAGAGGCUAUACGCAGGGUGGCUCUAACGCCGAUAAUGUACUGGCGGAUGUGUAUCUUAAAGGCAUCGAAGGCGGCAUUGAUUGGAACAAGGGGUACGAAGCGGUAAAGAAGGAUGCCGAGGUGGAACCAUUCGACUGGUGCUGCCGUGGCAGAGGAGGCAUCGACUCCUGGAAUAAGCUGGGCUAUGUGCCAGUCCAAGACUUUGACUUCAAGGGAUUCGGAACUCUCACAAGAUCUGUCAGUCGCACCAUCGAGUAUGCAUACAACGACUUUUGCAUCUCACAAAUGGCAAAGGGCCUUGGAAAGAAAGGGGAACAGGAGAAGUAUAUCGCAAGCAGUGGAAACUGGAAUAACUUGUACAAAGCGGACCAGCCGUCUCUGCUGCCAGACGGCACCAAUACUGGAUUUACGGGAUUCUUCCAACCAAGAUAUCACAACAAGACAUGGGGAUACCAGGAUCCUCUCAAGUGCAGUAACACGGACUCAAAGAGCGUUUGCUCUCUGCAGAACAGCGGCCCAGAAACAUUUGAGAGUAGCAUUUGGGAAUAUGGCUUCUUUGUUCCUCACGACCAAGCUCAACUAAUCGCACUCUAUGGUGGACCAGAUUCGUUUGUCAAGCGUCUUAACUAUCUGCAUGACAAGGAAAUCACUUAUAUUGGCAACGAGCCAGCAUUUUUGACCGUCUUCCAGUACCAUUAUGCCGGUCGCCCUGCGGAAUCUGCCCGCCGGAGUCACUUCUAUGUUCCCAAAUAUUUCUCUCCGAAGCCCGACGGUCUUCCAGGCAACGAUGACAGCGGCGCGAUGGGUUCAUUCCUAGCGUUCUCCAUGUUGGGAUUGUUCCCCAAUCCGGGACAGAAUGUGUAUCUGAUCAUACCUCCAUAUUUUGAGAGCGCAAAGAUCAAGCAUCCACUAACAAAGAAGACGGCCACCAUCAGAAACAUCAACUUUGACCCAACCUACAAGAAUAUUUACAUCCAGAAUGCAACGUUGGAUGGCAAGCCAUACACCAAAAACUGGAUCGACCAUUCCUUCUUCACUGAGGGCAAGGAGCUUGUUCUCACUCUCGGCAGCACAGAAAGCUCCUGGGGCACAGCCGUCAAAGACCUGCCGCCAAGUGUGAGCUCAUACACAGGAUUCAAUGGAACAUAUAACAAGCAUUCCGUCCGGGCUCCACGAGGAAAUGGAAACUACCGUGGGGAGUUCCGACGCGGCGGUUUGGGGUUGUGA